CUUCCCUCAUUCGUUGUUCCAUAUCAGCAAGAUCAAGAUGAGCAAUGGCAUUGCGCAACUGUUCCACUAACUUCCUUUCAACAUCGGUGUAAAGCGGCUUAUCACGAGCAGCACGGAUGGCUUCGGGAGGCGGAGUUCCAUCUGAGGACGGUGUCAUGGAUGGCGCUCUCAGUAGAUGCCGGAUAUUGUGGUCUUUUCUGAUCUGCUCGUGUCGAGGAUGAAGAGGUACAUUACUUUGAGCAACGAAACGCGGCAUGUAGUUUUCUUGAGGCUGUGGAAUCUGACGCCUACCAUUACCACUACCUUCAUUUGACUCGGGAGAGUCAGCCACAUUGGUUACGUCACCAAGAAUAGAAGUCUCCAAAGCAGGAACAGGUUGUGGUAAUUCAGGAGAAUUCAGUUCCGAUCCCGGCUGGGGAGUACUCGCGAGCAUCGGCGAUGGUGACGCUACUGCUGGGCCGGAGAAGGAGUAAUUCUUUUUUCGGGCCCACUGUUGAAUAG